AUGCGGUCUAUCUCAGGGAAGGCAUUUUCAAGCUAUCUCAAGUGGAGGCUGCAGCAAACUAAAGGAGCAGAAGGAAGGAAGCUUUCCGGAAUGAAAUCAGCCAGUUCACUCUCCACGCACAGGAAGAUGUUCCUCACAUUGUAUAGAAAGUUGACAGGGGAGACAAUGAGCAAAAAACUCGAAAGAGAAACUCUAAAGGUUACAACAGCAUUGGCUAAAGAGCUCAAGUUGAAUUAUGAACCCAGGAAAAAGUCUUCCCUAGACGUAGAAGACGUGAAAAGAAUCGUCGAAACAACUCUCUUGACCCACAGUAUGAGUUUUCAGAUGGGAAGAUACCGUAUCCAGGCAUGCCUUUUCAUGCUAACGGCUUUUAUCACUGCGAAUCGUCCUGGAGCACUCCUUGGAUUGCGCUAUAGAGAUAUCAAAGUCGUCAUAAUGCGAAAUCCAAACGGUGGCGCACAUAAACUAGUGAUAGAAUUGACAUACAGAGUAACUAAGCAGUACCUAGGAUCCAAACCAUCGAACACUUUUAUAAUCCCUGAAAUUGAGUACGACAAAUUUCGUCACAUGAGCCCUCACGUCUACCUGCUGGGCCUCAUGUUUGCUGACAAAGUCUUUUCGAUUGAUAGUCUGACUCCUGAGCGUUUGUACAAGCUAGAGAUUCGAUCUGGCUGCAACGAACUCGUUGUGCCCAUCAAAGACGAAGCAGCUGAUCUCUGGGUUUUCCGUCGAUACGAACAGACAGCAACAGAACGUAAGAUGAGUAACGACCAGUUACCAUAUGCUACUAUUAAAACGCAUUUAAAAGACAUUGGCCAUAUUGCUGGAUUUCAAGAAGUGGUGAAACCGUACAGUUUCCGAUACGGGACAGGCAACGCCUUUGAUAGGAGCCUGGAUGUUAGCAACAACAUGCGAAAUGGGAUCAUGAAUCACUCCAAUGAUAAGGUUUUCAAAGAUCAUUACUUCUCGAGAACCAUCAGCUUAGAUGCACAAGCGGUUGUACGAAGUACGCAACCUCAGAAAGAUCUCAUUCAGGCGGCAUGCAGGAUGAGCCGAUCGAUCGAUCCAAAUCGACCUCGAGCCCUCACUAGCGAGCAGAAACAGUCUAUCGCAAAAGACCCGGAAAUCCAAAGGAUGGAGAAAAAGCUGAAACAAAAGAACAUGGAUACAAAAGAGUUCGAAAAGUGUAAACGGGAUAUCCGUAAUAAAAAGCAGAGAAUGCGCUAUGAAAUGUUACAGCAGUCUAGGAAAGACUACGAAAAAACGCAACCAGAGAAGGAUAUACAGCAACAACUUUUGGGCAAAGCAUUUGAGGAAAAGACGGAAACUGUCCAAAGAACACAAGCGCACGAAAGGUUGAUUCUGGCCGCCACGUCGCCGCCUGAAUCGUCUGUUGAAGCAGAGAUAACACGAAAAGUUGAAGCCAUCAAUGCAGUUAAAGACUACUGCAUUUUUGAAGAAGGAGAGAUGCCAAGAAGGCGCGCAGAAGACCCCUGCACCAACUACAAGCCUCAAGAGACUGAUGAUACGCGGAAGAAGGCUAUCGAAGAGGCGAAAGAUGUUUUUGUCAAGGAAAAAAGACCAACAAUAUGCUUCAUAUGUCUGGGAAACGAAGGUCUAGUCUUGGAAAAACGAUUAUACUGCUUUGCAUCACCGGGUGACCUCAGCAAACACUUCAAACGUCAUCUAACGCAGUUCAACGAGAGCAAAGGUGAGAAAUGCAGACUAUGCAAGGUACACUUUAGUAAUUCGCUGCACAUGCGUCGUCAUGCUUUUGAGCAGCAUGGCACUGUUUCGAAUAACUUCAGCUAG